AUGGACACCGCCGUCACCCGCGCCAUGGAAAAGGGCCUCGUCGCCGCCGCGCCGGCCCUGAGCUACUCCAACGCCGACUGGCGCGCGCUCGAGCCGAUGCUCGCGCGGGAAUUUGGCCUGCGCAGCAUGAUGCGCACCGUGGAAGUCGGCGCCUUCGGCAGCGAGGCCGUGUGGCUAUUCGUGCAGGAGGGCACCGGCAGCGUCAGCACGCUAACCGUGGCCGUGUGCGGCGGCCACUUCGACGCGGUGCGCGCCAUGAGCGAGCACCUGGGCGCCUACCUGCCCGAGCUCGACGACGUGUUCGUCCGCCCCUCGCCCGCCGACGCAAAGGGCCAGCUCAACCUCGAGGCCGGCAACAUCAGCGUCUGGGUCCGCGGCGACACGUUCUUCGUGCUCGACAUCGACUACGCGGCGCCGGGCCUGCGCGCCCGUGAUAUUUCAAAGGCGGUCGACGACUUCGUUGUGCUGUCUGCCGUGCGCAGCCCCAUCCACGCCAUCGCUCCGGCCAUUGCGCGCGCCCCGAUGCGCAUCGGUCCCGUCGCUGUAGGCAGCGAGUUCACUAUCCGUGCCCAGGUCAGCGACGUCGGCUUCAUGGGCUCGUUUUGCGUCGACUGUAACCCUCUCCAGCUCUCGAAGGACGUGGCGACCAAGACGUUCAAGUUCCGCGCCCAGCGAGCGGGCGAAGAGGUAGUCAUCCUCUACUUUGGUCACACGACGACGACGCGAACCGUGUCGGCAAAGGUUGUAGUAAUAAUUGUAUAG